UUUACAAUAUCUUUCUCAUUUAUAGCUAAAGAAUUGCACUAAGGAAUACUACGGUAACCUCCUCAUUGGGAAUCAGUCGCUCGGAGCACAAGAAAGAGUCCUGAUUUCUUUGCAAGGACAGUUAGUUCUCACUAUUCAUCGCGAGCAGGUAGUCAUAGAUAACUUAACGAGUCCUCCUACCAUUCUACACGUUUUUUGUUGUACUAUUUGUAGCUUAACAUUCCAGAGACUGCCUGUUCAUUUUGUGAAGCUGAAUCCUGAGGCUCAGGCUCCAGCUUAUGGAUCACCUGGAGCUGCAGGCGCGGACCUCUGCAGUGUGGAGGAUUGUGUCGUCCCAGCCAAUGGUAAAAUCUGUGUUUCUACCGGUCUUCAAAUCGAAAUUCCAUUCGGAUAUUACGGAAGAGUGGCUCCUCGUUCUGGACUCGCUGCGAAGAACUUCAUUGAUGUCGGUGCUGGUGUCGUCGACUGCGACUACCGUGGAGAACUCAAGGUUUUACUGUUCAACUUUGGCACUACGGACUUCGAGGUGAAGAAAGGUGACAGAGUCGCUCAACUAAUUUGUGAGCGGAUUGCUCAUUGCGCAUUCAAAGAAUGUGAGUCGUUAACCAAUACAGCAAGGGGCGAAGGGGGUUUUGGAUCCACUGGGAAAUAA